GCUUCAUGUGACAAUUUUUUUUUAUUUGAUUUGUCUCAAUGCUGCGACGUUGUGGCAUUUUGUGUUGUGUGAUCCGCGGGUGGAAUAUAUGUAAAAGAUAUCACGCUCAGUACUUAUAUUAUCAAUAUAAUAUAUAAUCAUAUCUAUGUUUAUUAAUCAAUCUUACUUUUAUCACAGUACAGUAAUUCUGUAACUAUAUGGAAUGAAAUACUUUGGUUCAAUACUCCAUCACAAAAAAUACUGUGAUGUUUGACCUUAAACAAGUUGAAAGGUUAUUUUGUUAGUCAAAUGAUUUCAGUAAAUUAAUUAGCAAAUCCGUUGUAAAGAGAAUACGUAGUAGAAAAUUUCAGUUAAUUUUUAUAUUUUAAUAGUAUAAAUAAUACCAGCAGAACAUAGGGCAAAAAGAAUUCGUGAGUUGAAAUAUCAUAAUUAUUACCUUUUGUUGACUUGAAUCUCUACUUUUCCAUUGUAUACAGUUUUUGCACUGGUUUGGAUUCAGAAUAAAUUUAUUGUAUUAUAAAUAUUUUCGAAAUGUCCUAUGUGCUGCAGAGUUACAGAGAUGGAGUCAAAACCAUCAAGUUCAAUCGACCAGAGAAAAAAAAUGCAAUGUGCCAAAGUAUGUAUGAAGAAAUUUCAAAUAUUUUGAGAAAAGAUGCCAAAGAUGACCAGAUUAUCCUGACUAUAAUAACUGGGGUUGGUGAUUAUUUUACCAGUGGUAAUGAUUUGAAAAGUUCCAUGGAAAAUGGGGAACAGGCUAUGAAAGCUGUAAAGGAUAUGAUUGAUACCUUUAUAGAGUAUCCCAAAUUAUUGAUUGCUGUUGUGAAUGGUAAAGCUAUUGGAAUAGGAGCAACUCUUCCUAUUUUAUGUGAUAUUGUUUAUGCAACAGAAAAUGCAGAAUUUGACACCCCAUUUGUCAAAAUGGGAUUAUGCGUGGAAGGUUGUUCCAGUUAUACAUACCCCCUGAUACUAGGCAGAAGCAAAGCUUCUGAGGUGUUAUAUUUGAACCAUAAAUUGACAGCCACAGAAGCUCACAGACUUGGACUAGUUUCAAAAGUAAUACCAAGGUUAGAAUUGGAGACGUUUAUCAAUGAAUUACAUCAGUAUGGAACACUUCCUGUAAAUAGCCUCAUUAGAAACAAAUCUGUGGUGAUGGGCAACUUGAAAACACAACUGAAAGAAAUUUCUUCAAGAGAAUUUGAUAUGCUGAAAGAGUGUGUUAAUUCUGAAGAUUUUAUGGAUGCUGUUAUGACAUUUAUGAGUCGAAAGAGCAAACUGUAAAAUCCUUUCCCUA